GAAAAUAAUUCAAUUAUAAUCAAAAAGAAAAAAAAAAGAGAAAGAAAAAUCAAUUGCUUUUCAAAUAAAUUAACUUGAAUCUAUCGGAGAAAGAUAUUGGAAAAUAAGCACGGAAAACCAUAUUUAAUAAAUUAAUUGAAAAAAUUUAGCUGUAAACAACCACCGAUGCAUAAAGUUUGAGGCGGCGCAUAAGAUGAGAAAUUCUUAAAGCAAAACAGUUGUACACAAAUUGGAGAUAAAAGGAAAAUCGUUCUCCUUUUAAGUAUCUACAGAAUUGAAAAUAAUAUUGGAGUUUCCAAGAGCGACUUGCGAAAAGCAUAAAAUUUUUUUUUAUUUUUAUUAAUAUAAUAACACUAUGGCUGAAAUUCGACGUCGAAAACAAGAAGCUGGAGGAGAUGAAGAUGCGGCAUGUAUGGGUCCAUCUAUAUCACCUUCAAUAACUGAAGCUGAAAAACGAAAUUCAUCAGCGGCUGAUUCCUCAGAUCAUAUUGAUUCCGAAGAAGAAAGAUUACCAGAAGAGAAAUUUGUGGAUGAUUUGUCAAAAUCAAUACCGCAAGGCACAGACAAAACUCCGGAAAUAUUAGAUUCAGCUUUAAAGGAUUUACCCGACAGAUGGAAGAAUUGGGUAAUACGUGGUAUAUUUACUUGGAUUAUGAUAUGCGGAUUUGCACUUAUUAUCUAUGGUGGACCGCUGGCAUUAAUGGUGACUACUUUGCUUGUCCAAGUGAAAUGUUUUCAAGAAAUUAUAUCGAUUGGCUAUCAGGUAUAUCGUAUACAUGGUUUACCUUGGUUCCGAAGUUUGUCUUGGUAUUUUUUGCUUACCUCGAAUUAUUUCUUCUAUGGCGAAAAUUUAGUUGAUUACUUUGGUGUGGUCAUUAAUCGUGUGGAAUAUUUAAAAUUUUUAGUGACUUAUCAUCGCUUUCUUUCAUUCGCCCUCUAUUGCAUUGGCUUCGUUUGGUUUGUUUUGUCAUUGGUCAAGAAAUAUUAUAUGAAACAAUUCAGUUUAUUCGCCUGGACUCAUGUCUCGUUGUUGAUCGUCGUAACGCAGAGUUAUUUAAUAAUACAAAAUAUAUUUGAAGGUUUAAUAUGGUUUAUUGUACCGGUUUCGAUGAUAAUAUGCAAUGAUGUUAUGGCCUAUAUGUUUGGUUUCUUCUUUGGUAAAACUCCGCUAAUUAAAUUAAGCCCGAAAAAGACAUGGGAAGGUUUUAUCGGCGGCGGUUUUGCUACCGUUUUAUUUGGAUUGCUUUUCUCUUACAUAUUAUGUCAUUAUCAAUACUUUGUCUGUCCCAUUGUAUAUUCCGAAGAAUUGGGCAGCAUGUCGAUGACGUGCCAACCAAGUUAUUUAUUUACUCCGCAGGAUUAUAGCUUGAAAGUGUUGGGAAUAGGUAAAACUAUUAGUGUAUUUCCAUUUAUAUGGCAUUCCAUAGCCUUGAGUUUGUUCAGCUCGAUAAUAGGGCCGUUUGGUGGCUUUUUCGCUUCCGGUUUUAAGAGAGCUUUCAAAAUUAAGGACUUUGGUGAUAUGAUUCCCGGUCAUGGUGGUAUUAUGGAUCGCUUUGAUUGUCAAUUUUUAAUGGCCACAUUCGUUAACGUUUACAUUUCCAGUUUUAUAAGAACUCCUUCUCCUUCCAAAUUGUUAACUCAGAUUUACAAUUUAAAACCGGAACAACAAUUGCAAAUUUAUAGUGCACUCAAGGAGAAUUUGUUUGAUUUGUUAACUUAAAUUUUCGUAUACAUACCUACUAUUACUAUCUAUUAGACAGAGAGGGAGAGAAAAAAAAAAUAAAUAAAAGAAAGAAAGAGAGAGAGAGAGAGAGAGAGAGAAGAAAAACAAAC